UUUCUGAUAGUAAUAGGCGUCUCUCUCUCUCUCUCUCAUGGUGACGACAAUGGUAUUAUUUUGAAGACAAUUAGUACAGAGAUCAACGAUUUGCACACACCAUGACGACGACAAUGGUGGUCUUUUUUUGAAGAUGGUGGAUGUUCAGAUCUAGUGGCUGAAGAGGUAGAUUUACAGGUCAAGAAUAGAAAUUUUCUUCCCCUCUUUCACAGAUUUGAAGGGAUAGACUGUGUUUAUGUUUUUUGUUGCUUCAUCAAUCUCUCUGGUUGUCAUUUGGAGUUCUGUACCAGUUUAGCAAAAUACCGCCCGAAAUUUCCGGUACCACCGCCUCGCCCGGUGUUGUCUGGAAUGGCCGGUACCGACCGAUAACGGCCGGUAUUGUGGCCGGGACGGUAUUGUAUGAUUGGAGUACCGUUUUCUCUCCAAACCGGUACGUACCGGCCGGUACGGAACGAUAUUCACAACUAUAAUAUGAACAUUUUUUUAAGAACAUUACUAACUUUAAUAAUUUUUUAUUUUGAUUAUUAUAUUGUGGUUGCUCUUUUAGAAUUCUAAAUUUUUUGUCUAAUAAAAAUAAUCCAGUGGGUACAGAGCAAACAGGCACACCCAGCAGAAGCGUGAACUCAAAGCACAGCAACAGACGCCAAACCAGUCGACAAAGUCUACGAUCAGGGGUUCGACAAUGGAGGGCUGGGAUCCGAGCACCAAAUCAACCCUAACCCAGAUCCCUCUCCUCUCCACCAAAGCCGGCCCGCGCGACGGCGCCGCCUGGACGCAGCGGCUCAAGGAGGAGUACAGGUCCCUGAUCGCCUACACCUCCAUGAACAAGUCCAAGGACAACGACUGGUUCCGCAUCGCCGCCAACGCCGACGGCACGCGGUGGACCGGAAAGUGCUGGUACGUACACAACCUGUUGAAGUACGAGUUUGACCUUCAGUUUGAUAUCCCCGUCACGUACCCGUCCACCGCGCCCGAGAUCGAGUUGCCCCAGCUCGAUGGGAAGACUCAGAAGAUGUAUAGAGGAGGGAAGAUAUGCUUGACCGUGCAUUUCAAGCCUCUUUGGGCCAAGAACUGCCCUAGGUUUGGUAUAGCACAUGCCCUUUGUUUGGGUCUUGCACCAUGGCUUGCAGCAGAGGUUCCCAUUCUUGUGGAUUCUGGUAUGGUUAAGCACAAAGAUGAUAUUGCCUCAGCUAGCGAGUCUUAGUAAUUUAACUUGUCACUCAUGGUGUAGAGACGGUGUUUAACUUUCUCAAAUUUUCCCGUAGUUUGAUAUAGAAUAAAUGUGGAAUCAUUGAAGUGUGUAAUUUAUGGAUGCUCUGAGGUUUACAAUACAUUUAUUGGAAUUGUUCCA